CAGGGCAACAGCUACCCACCAAUGUCUGAUCCCUACAUGCCCAGUUACUAUGCUCCAUCCAUUGGCUUUCCUUAUGCUCUGGGAGAGGCUGCUUGGUCCACAGGAGGAGACCCACCAAUGCCCUACCUUGCCACCUAUGGACAGAUGAGCAAUGGCGAGCCUCAUUUUAUCCCUGAUGGUGUUUUCAGCCAGCCAGGUGCCCUGGGAAACACCCCUCCCUUCCUCAGUCAGCAUGGCUUCAAUUUCUUUCCCAGUAGUGCGGACCUUUCAACUUGGGGUACCAGCGUCUCUCAGGGUCAGUCAACGCAGAGCUCAGUCUACAGUAACAGCUACGGCUACGCUCCUAGCUCUCUGGGCAGGGCAAUCACAGAUGGACAGGCGGGCUUUGGAAGCGACACCCAGCACAGUAAGGUCCCGAUGCUGAGCAGCAUUGAGCAGGGUAUGACGGGGCUAAAACUGGGUAUGGACAUGAUGGCAGCUGUCACCAAAACCGUGGGCUCACCCUUAGGAGGCACGGCAGGUAUGAGCAGUACGGCGGCCAGUAAUCUCCCUCUGCCCGUCAACUCGUCUGUGCCAAAACCUGCCACCUGGGCAGCCAUCGCCAAGAAGCCGGCCAAACUCCAGCCGAAGGUCAAACCCAAAGCCAACAUGGGGAUGGGGGGACCUGCCACCAUCCCCCCACCCCCAAUAAAGCACAACAUGAACAUUGGUACGUGGGACGAUAAGGGCUCUUUAAACAAACCCACAUUAGCUCAGACAAUGAUGCCCCCACAACCUCUGAUGCAGCAGCCUCUCUUAGCUCAACCCCAAGCCCUAUUGCAGAACCCUUUACCCCAUCAGCCCCCACACCAGCCCCAGCAUCAACAUCAGCCCUUCCAACUGCAGUCCCUCCACUCCCCUCAACACCCCCAGCCCCUGCCUCCUGGCCCCCCACACCUACACCUCUCCUCUCAACCUGGCCUCCCACAGCCUUUUCAUCAGCAACAACCCCAGCAGCCUGGCCCACCCCCAAAUCGUUGGAUUGCUCCCAGGAACCGGGGCGAGGGCUUUGGUCUUAGUGGCGGAGUUCCACUGAGUGCCUCCCCAUGCUCUGGAGAAGUUCACCCUGUGUUGGAGAAGCUCCGUGCCCUCAACAACUACAAUCCCAAAGACUUUGACUGGAGCUUGAAAAAUGGACGUGUUUUCAUUAUCAAGAGUUACUCAGAAGAUGACAUCCACCGCUCAAUCAAGUACUCCAUCUGGUGCAGUACAGAACAUGGCAACAAGCGCCUGGAUAGUGCGUACCGUUCAUUAGGCAAUAAAGGGCCCUUGUACCUAUUGUUCAGCGUCAACGGCAGUGGGCAUUUCUGCGGCGUGGCCGAGAUGCGCUCACCGGUGGACUACAAUGCCUACGCAGGCGUCUGGUCUCAGGACAAAUGGAAGGGCAAGUUCGAAGUGAAGUGGAUUUUUAUCAAAGACGUGCCCAACAACCAACUGCGUCACAUCCGGCUGGAGAACAAUGACAACAAGCCAGUGACCAACUCCAGGGACACUCAGGAAGUGCCUCUGGAGAAGGCCAAACAAGUGCUUAAAGUUAUCGCCACAUACAAGCAUACCACCUCAAUAUUUGAUGACUUUGCACAUUAUGAGAAACGUCAGGAAGAGGAGGAGGCUCUGAGGAAGG